CAGAGCUUCACCAACAGACGGAGCUGUGACUGUCACAAGCCCAACUCAUCCUCCACGUCAAAGACACCAGCCAUUGUCGCAAUUUCUAGUUUGACACAAAGUACUCCCAAUCUCGAAAGAUCUACAACCUUGGGUGGUGUGGGGCCCUGCCGCGGUCUUGACUUGCUGCUCUCGUAACUAGAGCGCGCCGGAGAAACUGGUCGACACGGCCCGGUAUUCUACAGCGCUCGGAGCAACAAUGCCAGCUCUCACCCGCAAGCUUCUCAUAUUCGCUGCUGUCGAUGGUCUGGUGAUACAGCCGCUGACUGGCAAAGGCCAGCGUGCAACCAAGAUCAAGUACGGUGAUGCGACGGUAUCCUCUGGAGGCAGGGACUUGAUCCCGGAUACGACCCGGCCAAACUCCUCGUUCGAGGCCUUUGGCGUUAUAGGCUUGUUCACCGUCUCCCGCCUCAGCUAUCUGAUCACAAUCACUGGUCGCGAGGAAAUUGCCAACGUCAGGGGCUUUCCAAUCUAUGUCGUCACUGACGUCGCCCUCACACCUUGCACCAGCCAAAACGAGGCGAGCGACGCCAUCAGACAUACUGCAUCACAGCUUCGUCGUGCGGCAGCUGACAAGGCCUCUACCGGCGCUGACAGCGACACGGAUAGCGAGGUCGAUGCCGCGUCUGCACGUGGACGUGACGAUGUAUCCGAUGAUCCUGGGGUAUUCAGCGACACUGAAGAUGCCGGCAAGAGUGAUGAUCGGCACAUCAGGACCAGCAGUGUGGCCGAGGAUGUAUUCCAGAGGAAAGGGAGCUACGGUCGAUUUGCCCAGAAGUGGUUUAGCAACAAAGGCUGGAUGAUGGGCCAGCAGCGCAACCCCGGCGUAACAAGAACCGAACAAGUGAGGAACGAAGAUAGCACCGACGCAAAACGCACCGCAACCCAGCCAGACACAGUUGACGACAAGGUGCUUGGAAAGGCUGUCGUAUCUGAGGACGUCGAGAAGCCUCCUGCGCCUACGGCCGGAGAGUCGCUCAUGCCGAAGCUUCUCCGCAUGGCGCACAUUUGGUUUGGCACCUCGAGAAGUUUCUAUUUUUCAUACGACCUAGACAUCACACAUAGCCUCGCGAGCGCUCAUACUCCUGGUACUCCUCCCGGCCCAUUGCACAAGACUGCUGAUCCAACCGUCUUUUGGAAUCGACACCUCCUACAGCCGUUCGCGAGCAACGACGAUCAUCUUAUGCUCCCAGUCAUGCAGGGCUUUGUGGGCCAACGAACGUUUGUUGUUGACAAGCAGCCGCCACAGCAGGACUCUCAGGAAGAAUCUCUGGAACUGAACGAUUAUGCUACACCGACAACUGAGACGCCGCAAGAUCUCGCAACCCCUGGACGUAGGGCGUCCGAGAAGGAAUUCCUAAUCACGGUGAUCUCCAGACGUGCGGUCAAGCGAGCUGGUCUUCGGUACCUGCGGCGUGGUAUCGACGACGAAGGGUACACUGCUAACUCGGUCGAGACCGAGCAGAUCUUGUCCACGCCCGCGUGGGAUAAGACCUCGAGAAUCCACUCGUUCGUUCAGAUCCGGGGCAGCAUUCCCCUAUUCUUCACACAGUCGCCGUACUCCCUAAAGCCCACGCCCGUACUUCAGCAUUCACCGGAGGUCAAUUUCAAGGCUUUCACAACGCACUUCGAUCGAUUGGGUAAGGCCUACGGCUCUCUGGUACUGGUGAAUCUGGUCGAGAAGCACGGGGUUGAGUCGAUUGUUGGCAGCAAAUACGAAGAGAAUGCUGAGCAGUAUAAUAAAGAAAAAGGAGGGUCUUUGCAUUUUGAGUGGUUCGAUUUUCAUUCCGCGUGCCGCGGCAUGAAGUUUGAGAAUGUCAGCCUUCUGAUCGACAAGCUAGGCGCCAAGAUUGAAGAAAUGGGCAGCACGAGCGAGGAAAACGGUGUGGUCUCGUCAAAGCAGAAAGGCGUGCUAAGAACGAACUGCAUGGACUGCCUAGAUCGCACGAACGUAUGCCAAAGCUCAUUUGCCAAAUAUAUGCUCGAUCUGCAGCUAAAGGAGGAGGGCUUCGACAUGUCUAGUCAGACGGACCAGGUGAAUUCUUGGUUCAACACACUGUGGGCUGACAAUGGUGACGCCAUCUCGAAGCAGUAUGCAUCAACUGCUGCGAUGAAGGGAGACUAUACUCGGACUCGAAAGCGUGACUAUCGGGGCAUGGUCAAUGAUCUGGGUUUGUCCUUGACGCGGUUCUACAAUGGCAUGGUCAACGACUAUUUCAGUCAAGCUGCCAUCGACUUCUUGCUUGGGUAUGCUAGCUCGCUGGUGUUCGAUGAGUUCGAGGCCAACAUGAUGACCAAAGACCCUGGCGUAUCCAUGACCAAGAUGAGGGAACACGCUAUCGAGACAUCGCAAAAGAUUGCUAUUGAGAAUCCUCACCAGGAGGACUUUAUUGGUGGUUGGACAGUUCUCACCCCGCACGAGCCUGACACCAUCAAGACGCUGCCCUUUGAAGAGGUCGUCAUUCUCUUGACCGAUGUUGCCCUGUAUCUUUGUCGCUUUGACUGGAAGCUGGACAAGGUCUCAAGCUUUGAACGAGUCGAUCUGGACCACGUGCUGAACGUCAAGGUCGGCACCUACAUCACGAACACGAUCAGCCCGACACAAGCGGACGAGGAUAAAAACUUUGGCCUGGUCGUUACUUACCAGCCCGGCUCGCGAGAUGUCGUUCGGACCAAUACGAGAUCGUUGUCCAAUGUACAGCAGCAGCCUGGUACGGGUAAUGAGAACGCGUCGUCAUCUGCUGUCGAUCAAGCUGCCGAGGGGACCAGCACCUCAACCUCGGCUUCCGGUAUACUCAACCAGGGCAUCCUUUCUGCACUUGCCGGCGGCUCGAAGCAGCAGGAUAAGCCUCCUCCCCGCAAGCUUGCGCUGAAGGCUCUCUAUGCACAGACCAGUCUCAACGACAACGCGACCGGCUCCGGCGGGAAGAUCCUAUCCGAGAAAGAGACUGUCGACCUAAUCGCAAACGAGCUUCAGCGGCAGGUCUUCCUCAGCCAGCCCAUGUACAAACAGUCUCGUGGAACGGAAACCACUUCGACGACGGACAGUGACCAAGCAGCAGCUGGCCACGCCACGGAGAGAGUAUCUGACGCCGAUAGACCGAGCAUCAUCGAGCGUGGAGACAUCAUUUCAUUGGCCGAAGCUAAGCGGAGCACCGGCAUUCUCGAGCAGUGGGGACAUUCAAUCAAGAAGUUAGUUUGGGCGUCUUAAAGUGGAGGGCUAGAGUUUCUCAGCUCUUAUACGGCGGAUUGCGCCUCAGUCACUCGUUCUUUCCCAGCGACGCGGAGAAAGUAGACGAUAGCUCUGACGGUACGGUUCAUACACGCAUGGAAUAAUACAAUGAUUGCCGGAACGAUGGCAAGGGGUCUAUAGACGGCGAUGAGGAAGUGUGGCGCCUCAUCAACGGCAGUCCGAUUCGUGAGUAUCAGUUCGUGCACUUUCUGACAAUAUAUGCAUGGUCAUA